AGUAUUACCGUGCAUCCUCCGUUACGUUGCAGCAGAGUCUGACACGCGAGCGGAACGCGGGGACUGAACAGCUGACCGCCUCACGCGAAUUGGACCCACGAGUGAUGGAAAUCUCGGAGGUGGUCUUAUUCUGCGUCCUCUUCACUCACUACUUUGGCACCGUGCUCUUCAUCUCGUGGCUUUUCGUCGCCGGGACGCCCACCGAAAUCUCCAACUAUGGAUUGCCUAAUUGAAGUUGGGCCACCUGAUCCCGUUUGCGCCAGGACGAGCGGACUGAACUAGGGCACGACAUAUGUCGCUAUGGUCAAUUCGGCCAAUCGUGCAUAUCCUACUCAGAGAGCAAGUGCCAAAGUGCGCAAUCUUAAUCUGAGGAAAUCCCUUCUAUUUGCGCGUGAAGGUAACGUCUCCAUUCAACGCCGCGUAAAAAUGCCCGUCGCUAUGUUUUAGUGGUUGUUGGAAAGAUCCGCAGUUAGCGUAGAGGCUGUUUCUGUGAGGCUGCUUCUUUGUUGCUGCCUGCAUCGAGGUGAGCGCAGCGGUCAGUUUUUUUUGUUUUGAUGUUGUUGUUGUUGCGCGCACACCACAGAUCAGCCGCUCCAUCACCGAGGACCGGACAUCUGUGACCAGCAACAGGCCUGACCAGACCACCCUGAGAAGAAAUCCCAUUUAAACUUUCACUACAACUGAGUGAGUUGUUAAAAGCUGCACGGGAGUGGACCUGGGAGGCAGGAAUAAGCUAUGGCUUUACCCGAUAGUGGCAUAUCUGGGGAGGAGGUUCCCUUCCCAGAGAUCGUAGAGCUCAAUGUUGGUGGCCAGGUGUACAUAACCCGCUUUUCUACCCUCACGAGUGUGCCACACUCCCUGCUGUGGGAGAUGUUUAGUAGAAAGUCAGCCAAAGGACUGGCCAGGGACACAAAGGGACGCUUCUUCGUGGACCGCGACGGUUUCCUGUUCCGCUACAUCCUGGACUACAUGCGGGACCAGCAGCUGGUUCUACCAGACCACUUUCCUGAGCGCGGGCGACUGCAAAGGGAGGCUGAGUUCUUCAACCUCCCAGAGCUCGUCAAGCUACUGGCGCCCAAAAUCAGCAAGCAGAACUCGCUUGGCGACGAGGGAUGUCAGAGCGACCCAGACGACUCCUCACCUGGGAUUGACACGGCCCGUAACCUGGGCUCCCUGGGCGCUUCAGCCGCCGCCUGCACCAGCAUGAUGCCCGGCGCCAUGGACGGCAAGCGGUCCGGGUUCAUCACCAUUGGUUACCGAGGCUCGUACACCCUGGGUCGUGACAGCCAGACCGAUGCCAAAUUCCGCCGGGUGGCGCGGAUCAUGGUGUGUGGGAAGACCUCUCUGGCCAAAGAGGUGUUUGGGGAUACCCUCAACGAGAGUCGUGACCCGGACCGCCCUCCCGAGCGCUACACGUCCCGCUACUAUCUCAAGUUCACCUUUCUGGAGCAGGCUUUUGACAAGCUGUCUGACGCAGGCUUCCACAUGGUGGCCUGUAAUUCCACAGGGACCUGCGCCUUUGCCCAUGAGCAGACGGACGACAAGAUCUGGACCAGCUACACUGAAUAUGUGUUCUACCGUGAGUGAGACUAUCGGCUUUGUUCCCCUGGUCCCCCCCCACCCUGUCUCCAAGUGCUCCCCCAGCCACCCCGUCCUCCUCAAUCGGAUGGCUCCUGCACCAGUCGAUGUAUAGCGUAGAUGUUGUGCCCCUCCAUCUUUCUCCGCCUCCUCUUCAGCUUUUAUCCAAUGAGCGGUACCCAACCGCUGAUCUGACUCUGCAGCUCCCGCCCCCUGUGCACCCCAGAUCCAUUCCCCUCAUCAUCAGGUCCAGCUUUUGCCCUCCCUUAAACUACCGCUGCAUCUAGUUGUAGUCCCCGGUCCUCCACCACGCCAACCCCACAGCCAUUCCUGCAGAGACUGAUACCGUCUAUGUACGUCCCCCCCCCCGUUUUGUACUCUGUAUCCUGCAUCUUUCUUGGUGAAGCACAAAACUGUAUCCACGAGCUAACUUUGUUAAAUAAGCACCCCGAUGUGUCUACAUGACAAUUAAAGCAGUCACAAGGGCAUAAGGUAAAGGGCUAAAAAGUGGCCACGAUGUCAAGUGCUAUACUUUGCCUGCUCGCCCAAGCAGAUCGGACUCUCCUCUGCUCCUCUGAACUAACUUACCAAAUAAUUGGACGUCUUAUCAGCCUUGAGGGAUGCGAGCAGUCCAAGCACAAGAAAGAAGUGUGCCACAGAGAAUCAAUUCUUCUUCAGUUUUCCUAGAUGUGUCCAGCACCAUGCGGUGGUGACCGUGCCAUACAGGAGUAAUCUGUUCAGCUGUUGUUAUGAGUGAAUGAGGUUAACGAAUGUACAGCCACACGGACAUGGAGGAAAAUGCAUUGAGUUUUUUCAUUUUUAAGUGGUUGAGUAGAUUUUAGGAGUGACGUUUCUUUUUCAAAAAUACACUGAUUGUUGGUAAAAUGAACAGCCAGCAGGCUCUGACGAACAACGACGGAAACUAAAAUGUCACCACAUAACUGACAGAAAAAAAAAAAUAGAAAAAGAAAAAAUCUUGCUGGAUGAGGUGUGUUUAUUGAUUGUGCAAUAGAGCUUUCAGUAUUUUAACAACUCUUGCUGGAAGGGCCGAGCAGAUGUUGUUACAUGACUCACAGCCCACUGCUCUAUUUCUUUUGCUCAUUGUGUUGCUUUGACAUUUCUUUGCUCAAUUAAAUAUUUAAAGCGUUUGCAUAGUGAAGCGCUUCUUGAGACCGGCUUAAACCAUGACUACGUGUUGUUUCCUCUUCCAAAAAAAAUAUGGUAGUCACCUUUAGCGGAUCACGUUUUGAGUGCUCUGUAAACAGUAAUGUUAUUCUCGAUACUGAGUUUGGUAUUAGUUUAAGCUGUUGCAUAUUUGAUGGUAGCUCUCACUUACUGUAAGUGAAUAUCCACAAGAAAGGGUAGGAUUACGCUGUAGCCAGCCGAGCACAAGGUUUUUCUCGCCUUUGUAGCAAGGGCACUGUGAAGGCUGUUUCUAGCAAGCGGGUUUGACUUCAGUUAUAAAGAAGCGAGUCAUGACGGACUGUAAUCUCCAGAUACAGCCUUAGGACAGGCCUGCACGUCAUAUAGCCUACCUCAGACUACAACACAAACACAAGGCAUUUAAGAUGCAGCUGAGGACGUGGCAACGGGAAAGAUGCAUCAAACUUAGAUGCUGUCACAGGUUUUUGACGACCGGUUUGAAUUUGAGGAAAAGGCCAUCGGGGCAGAACAGUGCAGGGUUUCUCCUCAGCUGUCAGGCCCUUGUCCUGGCAGGGCGUCUGACACUGACAAUACAUGUAUUAUGAAAUGUAUUCUAGAAAGUGCAAUGUUGUGUUUCAGUGUGCUGAAGUGCUGUUGCAUUCUGAGUCAAUAUGUUAGUGUGUCGCUGCAGCCGUAGACCACUGAAAUCAAAAGUGUUCAGCCAAAAGCAAAAUUGAUUUGUCAAAUAAAAGAUGUUUUUCUUUCUA